GGACAGCAUCCUUUGGACCAGUAGCGGAGCAACUUUGAAGCGUUACGGUUGGUCGCGAAUUCGAAUCGGAAAAGCCAGGGAAACUCUCAGGCCCCAAAGAACACACACAUAGUGUGAACAACGCGGUGUCGGUUCGGACGGUGUGUGUUUACAUUGUUUGAAAGCCAAUUAAAAUUUGCAAUUGCCGACAUGUGCCAAAGCAAACCGAAAUAACAAAUACACAAAUAGUAGAAUCAAAAUAUAUAUUCUGGUUGGAAAAUAAAAUCAACUCCAGAGGUUCAAAAAUUUCCAAAUAAAAAAAAGGCAAAGAAAUACUAACAAAAUGUGGAAAAUCUGCAUUUUUACAUUGGUAAUUGCGUUGCUAGCAGUAGCAGCUGCAACAACACCAACAACAACAGAGCCCAUAACAAAUGACUUGGUGACCAACAAAAACAACAACAUCAGUAGCAGCAGCCACGCCCCAUUGGAGGAAACAACCAACAGCCCCCGCCCCUUCGCCGAAAAUAACCAGACGCUGGUGAAAAUUUCAACGGCGGACGACGAGACCCGGGAAAUUUCAAUUGUGGGCGGCUCAACCUCAACGGCCACGCCCACCACAACGGCAACCACCAGCACAACAACAACGCUGGCAACCACCUCGGUUGUUGCCGAAAACGAGGAAACAACAACAUCAACAAUCAGCCAUUUAAUGACAACCAGCGAACCCAACCAGAAAAUUCCCUUAGCUGGCUUGGGGGAACUUAGCAGCGGCAUCAAGGAUGCACUGCAUCGCAUUAAAUUGAGCGAGAGUCCAAAGGAAUCAGUAGCAACAACAACCACUAUGGAGCCACCAGAGGCGGAGGAGCAGGAUGAAUCGGAGGACAUGACACUGACAGUAUCCCCGUUGCAAAUCCAGAUGCAGGCAGCAGCCUCGUAUCAAGUAGCCGAGACGUUGGCCGACUUGAAUGAGGAGGAGCGUGCCCGGUACGAUGCCAUGCUGGCCCAGCAGCCCACAGCCAGUAAGCUGAAUAUAGUGGAUCUAUAUCCGCUUAAAAUCGAGGAUAUCCAGCCAAUGAUUCAAAACGACAAUGAGGAGCUAAUCAAGCAACGUACGAUUUUCACUCAGCCCGAGAACACAGAGGAUUACAAACAGAAUCUAAUGCCCAAUGAAGUGGAGCUGGUUUUGAAUGGACCAGAUAGCCUGAAUCAGGAUACAAUCAAGAUUAAUCAGGAGAAAGCAGUCACCACUCCAGAAACCUUAAAAAUGGCUACCAUCAGUGUCAAUCAGGGCACCACGCCGGAUUUUACGGGAAAGCUAUUGGCCGAUCAAGACGAUCUCAUAACCGAAAUCGAGAGCAAGUUCCAGAUGGAAGAAACCACCACAACAACCACCAGGAAACCUCUGCCAUUGCUUCUAAGACCCGGAGAUACGUUCAUAGAUAGAAGAGUGAAGAAAAGCUUCGAGUUUCCCACGCAACAUCGCGCCAGUGAUGUGAUGGCCAUGCCACACAUCGAUUUCGCGAACACGAAAUUCCAAACCGAUGCCGAUCAGCCACAGCCCGCUGCCACACACCCGGAGUUCUCGACCACAAAAUUCUAUAAUAGCAAGGAGUUGUAUAACGAAAUGCUGUUGCAUAAUAAGCGCAAGUUAAUGAAGGAAACUAGUCCGGAAAAGUCAGCGACUGAGGCAUCCUCAACAAAGUUGAACGUGACUCCUGAGGCUAAAACUUUUCAGCCAACAACUACUGUUGCAACUACAGUAAAAUCAACAACAUUGCAGUCAGCUUCCACAACAACAGUAGCAGCAUCAUCAGCGGUGGAAGCAAUAACAACAAGUACCCUAAAGCCAACAACCACCGCAACUGGAAAAUAUCAGAAAGAGCUUAAGCGUGCCAAAUUAUUGCUCAAGGCCCUGACACCACCACAGGCCACCAAGUCCAGUGAGGACAAACUGUCGGUUAAAGCCACAAAGGCGGCGGAGGGAGCUCCCUCCACCAUCUCCAUCGCUCCGGCAAGGACAAGCACACCCGUUCUGAUGGCCACCGCAAGGACAGUGCGACCAGCCGGAUCUGUCGGAGUUAAUCCCACUAAGACGGCCUCAAAGCCAAUUGCCAGGCCGCGUAUUUUGAGUCGCCUGCAGGAGAAAAUCAAUUCCCUGGAGUGCGAGGUGCCCAGUGUUCCCCAGGACUCCCAUCUGUGGCGUGGCAACGAGACCCACGAAUUGUUGCUGCCUAUUGUGACCACGGAGCACUGUAGGCCGAACGAGCACUGCAUACCGAAUGUCCUCACCUGGCGAGGCGAGGCGGAGAUCCAGUCCGGCGAUAUUCUAAUUGUGGAGAUUAACGAUGCCAUGCUGAAUCCAUCGCACGAGCCAAAUAAUACAAGCAGCGCGGUGCAUGCAACACAGGUGUACCAGGUGACUCGAUCCGGGCACGAACAUUGCGACGUCACCGAGGGUGUCCUGCUGGAUAUCACACCCCUGGUGGUCGAUGGCAGGAAGCUGGUUACACUGUAUGAUAAGGACCUCACCGAGGGAGUUAACUUGCUAAUUGUGGUGUCCGAGCUGUGGGGAGCGCAGUGUGUCCGCCUGAAGGUGACCACGAAAACCGACAAUUGCGGCGAGAACGCCGACUGCUCCGGCAAGGGAGUCUGCUACUCGAACUCGGGCAUGGAGGAGUAUGAGUGCCAGUGCUGCAGCGGAUUCGCAGGACCACACUGCGAGGAGAUCGACGCAUGUAAUCCGAGUCCCUGCACAAACAACGGCAUCUGUGUGGACCUAUCGCAGGGACACGAGGGGAACUCCUACCAGUGUCUUUGUCCUUACGGAUAUGCGGGAAAAAAUUGUCAAUACGAGUCGGAUCCUUGCAAUCCCGCCGAGUGCAUGAACGGCGGCAGUUGUGUGGGCAACUCCACGCACUUUCGGUGCGAUUGUACACCAGGGUUCACAGGACCUCUUUGCCAGCACAGUUUGAAUGAGUGCGAGUCGUCGCCGUGUGUUCAUGGCAUUUGUGUGGAUCAGGAGGAUGGGUUCCGGUGCUUCUGCCAGCCAGGUUUUGCCGGCGAGUUGUGCAACUUCGAGUAUAAUGAAUGCGAAUCGAAUCCGUGUCAGAACGGCGGCGAGUGCAUCGAUCACAUCGGCAGCUACGAGUGUCGCUGCACCAAGGGCUACAGUGGCAACCGCUGUCAAAUAAAGGUUGAUUUUUGCGCCAACAAGCCUUGCCCCGAAGGACAUCGCUGUAUUGAUCAUGGAAAUGAUUUCAGCUGCGAAUGCCCAGGAGGUCGCAACGGACCGGAUUGUAAUCAAAUGCCAAGAACGUACUUUCAGCAAUGCAACGUGAAUCCUUGCACCCAUGGCGGCACAUGCUGGUCCAGCGGGGAUAGCUUCUACUGCGCCUGUCGUCCCGGCUACACAGGAAACAUGUGCGAAGAUGAGUUUGUGGUGGAGACCGUCGUUAGCUCCAGCGAAUUUAUUGUGGACGAUGCGAACGCCAGAAAUUUUAAUGACAAAACUUUCGGUUCAUCGGUCGUGCUUAAGAGUCCCAUUGAAUUGCAUAAUGCAUAUUUUGCGGCUGGAGUCCUGGCAGCCGCCAUUUUCAUCGUGGCCGUUGUGGUCACCAUUUGUCACUGCAAGGUCAAUCAGACGUAUCGAAAAUUCUCGACGCGCUCCACCUCGUUUAUACCGAUUCUGGGCUUCAGUCGACGGCCAAAAAUGCAGGGCAAACUCAACAAACACUGGCUGAGUGGCAAAGGUGUGGUGGCCGGUGGUGCAGCCAGUGGGGCGACCGCGGGCGGAUCGCAACGGGGCAGUGUCAGUGGUGCAAGUGGCACGCAGCAGGGCGCCACCGCAACACGCCACUUGCCAGGGCAGACACAGACGCAGACUUCGCUGCAGGAGCGACCUUUCCAACGGCAUUUGGCCAUGAAUCUGGAGAACGACAUGUACUACACGGUGGACUUUAGCGAGAAUUCACAGCACUCGCCGUUGAUACAGUGAAACUUGGGUAAUGGCGGCGAUUGGUUAGUCAAAUUUAUCCCACAGAAGAGCGAGUGAGUGAGUAAGUGGGUUGAAGCGAAAACCGAGUUAAAGAAACAUUAUGAGUAGUUUGGGUUUGGGUUACUUGGGGGGAUUGUGUAAUUAUCUUUGAUGCUACUCGUUGAAUAUUCCAAAUAUUGAACAGUAUCCGAUAAUAAUAAACUAAAAUAGUGUGUAUAUGUGCGCAGAACCUAAUGAUUAUGAGUCCGGCUAAUGCAAAACACACAAAUAUUUAUGAUUAAUAUGUAUGCCAUGUAUCUCUGGCCUAAAUAGGCUUAGCAAACUGGUUUAUCAAGGUUUAUUUUGGCACAGCACACACAUCCACAUCCGGAACAUCCGUAGCUGAAUGAUAUUGUUUGAUUAUAAAACACACGUUACUUCUGGAGGGCAGAAUGGAUUAUAAUCUCGAUUUAUGUAAAUGUUAAACACUAAACCGGACAUGGUUUGUUUUGUUCUCUUUGGCAAAGUUUAUUGUAUGAAAUUUUCAGAUUUGUCCAAGACAAAUAGUCUCAGCUUCUCUGCCUUUUGGCUAAUUGUGGCCAUAAAGUCCUUCAUGAAUUUCAUGAGCAUACAAGUGUUGAGGAAGCUUAUGAAAGGGGAUAUUGUUACUCAGUAAUUCUAUUAUGGAAUGCAAAAGGUUUGGUGUUGAUUUCGAAAAAGCUAAACUAAUUGCAUUUCGAAGAGUUGCUAAUUAAAAACAAAAUGCAUUUCGAUGACAUAUAAUAAAGCCUGGCUUUCACCGCAUUUUCAUUUGGCAAAUAUUUGCAAUUAGUUAAAUAAUAAUGGAACGAAAACAAACCAGCUGCAGAAUCAAGAAUUCUAUUGUCUGAUGCGAUGCAGAAAUCAAUUUAGUCGCGAAUAUUGGAGCCAUAUUCAACUAAUUUCAUGGAAAUCAGUUUAGUUUAGUUUUAAUUAAUUUUUCCAUACUAAUAAAUUGUGUUUAGACAGAUGAUGGUAGGUGGACGGUGCUCUAAAUUGAAUUCGGUCAGGGCUGAUAUCAGAGAUUAUUGUUGGCAUACUCGACCGCAGCAGUCGAAAGUUGUUAGUGAAAAAUAAUUAGCAUAAAUUAUAAUUGUAGCCACAAAAGUUAAUAUGUUUUUUGUGCAUAAAUAAUAUUAUUAUACCCUUGCAGAGGGUAUUAUAAUUUUGGUCAAAAGUGUGCAACGCACUGAAGGAGACAUCUCCGACCCUAUAAAGUAUAUAUAUUCUUGAUCAGGAUCACCUCCUGAGUCGAUAUGAGCAUGUCCGUCUGUCCGUCUGUCCGUCUGUCCGUCUGUCCGUCGGUCCGUCUGUCCGUCUGUCCGUCUGUCCGUCUGUCCGUCUGUCUGUUUCUACGCAAACUAGUCUCUCAGUUUUAAAGCUAUCGAGUUGAAACUUUGCACACACCCUUCUUUCCUUUGCAGGCAGUAUAUAAGUCGGAACGGCCGGGAUCGGUCGACUAUAUCCUAUAGCUGCCAUAUAACUGAUUGAUCGGAAAUGCCAUAACUUUGGUGUUUUUUAAGUUAGAGGGUUGGGAGUUUCUACACAUAUUAUAUUUGACCAAAAUAUCUUAUGUACAAAAUUUCGUAAGGAUCGGCCGACUAUAUCCUAUAGCUGUCAUAGAACGAUCGAAAUUGGCAUAACUUUGGUGUUUUUUAAGUUAGAUAGAUGGGAUUUGGUACAGAUUCAAUUUUCAAUGAAAAAAAAUCUGAUUUGUCGAAUUUCAUAAGGAUCGGCCAACUAUAUCCUAUAGCUGUCAUAUAACUGAUUGAUCGGAAAUGCUAUAACUUCGUUGUUUUUCAAGUUAAAAGCAUGGGAGUUUCAAUGGAUUCCUCUUUUGGCAAAAUAAUUCGAUAUGCCAAAUUUCAUAAGGAUCGGCCGACUAUAUACGAUCCGCUAUAUAUCUAAUAAUAUAAGAUGCGUGGCGCCACCUAGCGGACUGCGACUCAACUGCAAGGGUAUAUCAACUUCGGCUCCGCCCGAAGUUAGCUUUCCUUUCUUGUUUUUUGAAAUCAUUUCAAUAAAUGAUUAAGUAUGAGUGGGUGUGUACGGUGUGUAUCUGUGUGCUGGCCACAUUUAGCAUAUUGUUGUUGAUAUGCAAAAUAUUAAUACUGAUCCAAUUGCGAAAUGCAACAUCACAAAGAUGUCGGCAAUUCAUGACAAAAAUCAAAUAAAAUGCAAAA